GUAGAGCCGUGGUAAUGGAGUGUCAGUAUGGGCCAAGGAGGAAAGGUUUCCAGUUAAAAAAAAUCAGUGAGCAGGAAAGCAGGUCUUGUCAGCUCUACAAAGCCACUUGUCCAGCUCGGAUUUACAUUAAAAAGGUACAGAAGUUUCCUGAAUAUAGAGUUCCUACAGAUCCCAAAAUUGACAGGAAAAUAAUCAGAAUGGAGCAGGAGAAAGCCUUUAACAUGCUAAAGAAGAACUUGGUAGAUGCUGGUGGUGUUCUUAGGUGGUAUGUACAGUUACCUACGCAGCAAGCUCAUCAGUAUCACGAGUUAGAGACUUCCUGUCUCUCCUUGUCACCGUCUCCUUUUCCUGUGUCUUCUCUUGAAGAAGAGGAACCUGCAGUUAGAGAUGAGAAUUGUGCAUUACCCUCUCGUUUACAUCCUCAAGUAGCACAGAAGAUUCAAGAAUUAGUAUCACAGGGAAUAGAGCAAGUGUAUGCAGUGAGGAAACAACUGAGAAAAUUUGUGGAAAGGGAACUGUUCAAGCCUGACGAGGUACCUGAAAGACAUAAUUUAUCUUUUUUUCCAACUGUAAAUGAUAUAAAAAAUCACAUCCAUGAAGUACAGCAAUCCUUGAGAAAUGGAGAUACAGUAUAUAACCCAGAGAUUAUUCCAGCAACGCUUCAGUGGACUACAGACAGUGGGAAUAUUCUUAAAGAGGCUGUUACAGUUACCUUUGCAGAAGGAAAUUCACCAGGAGAAGCAGUUACAAACAAAGUGGAAGCAAAUCAGAAAGGGGUUUCUUUGUCUCCAGAGCCAACCCAUUUGCUCUCCUCACUUUCCUCAUUUCAGCCCAAAAUAUUUACACAACUGCAGGGUUUGCAGUUGCAACCAACGUUCACCUCUCCUGAUGGAUCACCAGCUCUGAUAUCAGUAAAUAACCAGCCCUCCUCCAGUCCUUCAAGACUUCUGGAUUCAAUAGGAAAUGCUAUAAUUGAUAAUCAUUCUCUAAUGCUUGAUCAAAGUCAUAGCCUUCAAACAGAUACAUGCCUAACCCAGAACAAUAGUACUGCCUCUGCCAUGGGUAACGUUCCAGGACCGAAUCAAAAUCUAGUUGCAAUGGACCAGCUGGUGGAAGUUGGAGAUGUUGAGGAUACAGGAAACCUGGAAGGAACUGUUCAUCAGAUUCUGUUGGGAGAUGUGCAGACCAUCCCAAUACGGAUUAUAGGCAACCACCCAGGUCUUAUUGAAGAAGAUCCAGAAGGUACCAUUUCUGUGAGCCAAGUUAAGCAAGAACCCAAAGAACCAGCAUUGUCUAUGGAAGCAAAAACAAAUUUGGACUGUAAGAAAUCUGCUACAUAAAUUAUUGAAGUUUUUCAGAAUUUGCAACUCUGGCGACUUCUGAUGUCUUAUAAAAGAAAGUGAUUAUUGUUAGAACACAGUGUUGUGAUAACUGAACUGAAGACUGGUUUGAUGAGAAACUUUGAUUUAAAACUGAUGUGUUUGUUGCCAAUUUCAUAUUUUUAUUUUUAUUUAGAGAUAUUUUACUCUUCUUAUUUUGUAUAAUUUUUAUGCUUUUUGAUUGUCUAAUAAGGCCAGUAUUUCAAAAGCUCUUCUGAACUUAUCCAUAGUAAUAUAGUCUGAACACAAAGAGUUUUCUAACUCAUCCUUGGAAAUAUCCUGUUUUGGUUCUUAGAAGACAAAAAAACAACAUCAA